GGCAGCAUCCGCAGCGUGCCAGCGUGAGGCUCGUUUGAAGUUGCAGGGCGAGAGUGAAGCAGCGAGAAAGAGAGACUGAGAGAGAGAGAGAGAGAGAGAAAGAGAGAGAGAGAGAGAGAGAGAGAGAGGGGGGCGCAAGAGAGAGAGAGAAUGUCGACUGAUUCUCACUGAGAAAAAGCAAUAGCUCCAAGAAAGGCGGCGGCGUCCAGCCUCUCAGUGCCAUAGCUGAGCCGAGCCAGCUUUACGCACACACGAGCGCAUCUGUUCGCCAUCAGCACUUUCUACUAAACUCAGUCAGUUGCGACCGUGAGUCAACAGGAGUGGGAAGUGGGACAGGGCUUUUUAAGAGUACUUCUUGAAAACCCAGCUGCAGGAUGCUGUGAUUUUAUAUGGUGACCUAUAUUUGUUGUUUAUGCGCGUGUAUGGAUGGGCCAGAUGCAUAGAGAUUUGUGAUCCCGGGAAACAAACGAGGAGAAAAGCUUUUCUCCUCUGUCUGUAGAAGUUUGGUUUACCACUACUGUUCCGUCUGGAUGUGAGCCGCAACUUUGCUUUGCUUGGAAAACGUAGGCUUCUCUGCUGGUUUGGAAGCGCUGUUCCUGUUCGUGAGUUCUGGGAUCAAUUUGGCUCGCUUAUUAUUAUUGCUCAAUUUUUUUUCUUCUACUGCAUCCUAUUUGCGUCAUGACUUCUAGCUAUGCACAUGGAAUGGACAGGCAAGCAACGAUAUCAAAUCGUUUGGAGAGCUCGAUUACAUCCAAUCUGGAAAACCUUCAAGCCAAAAAGAACUUCUCCGUGAGCCACCUGUUGGACCUGGAGGAGGCCGGAGAAAGGGUUGGGACCCAGGCGGACGAGAGUGUCGGUGAGGCGGGGAGGAAUAUGCUGGAGUCCCCUGGGCUGACCAGUGGGAGCGACACCACUCAGCAGGAGAAUGAGCAGCUGAAUGCGGAGGAGAAGAAAAAGAGGAAACAGAGAAGGAACAGAACUACAUUCAACAGCAGCCAGUUGCAGGCUCUGGAGAGGGUUUUUGAGAGGACACACUACCCUGACGCCUUCGUCAGAGAGGACCUGGCACGCAGGGUCAACCUCACAGAGGCACGGGUGCAGGUGUGGUUUCAGAAUAGAAGGGCCAAGUUCCGUCGGAAUGAGCGCGCCAUGUUGGCCAGCAAGAACGCCUCGCUCCUCAAGUCCUACUCCGGGGAUGUCACGGCCAUAGAGCAGCCCAUCGUACCCCGCCCUGCCCCCCGCCCAAACGAUUACCUGUCAUGGGGUAGUGCCUCUCCUUACAGUACCAUGGCAACCUACCCCCCCACAUGUUCCAACCCCAAUACAUCCCAGGGAAUGAACAUGGCUAACAGCAUCGCCAACCUGCGGCUCAAAGCCAAGGAGUACAGCUUGAACCAGGUGCCCACGGUUAACUGAGGAGAGAGGGGGGAGAGAGUGCUUCACGGUGGGGCUGGGGGCAGGAGCAGGGACUCUCUCUCUCUCACGUCUGUCCCACACAGAAAGACAGUCAGACCCCAGCCUGACCCCCACAGGGAUGAUCAAGAUCUGACCACCGUCCAUGGAAUUUUAGCUUGAAGUCUCCUCUCGCUCCAGAGCGUCGUCGCUAUAGUGAUGGACGUGCUUCCUAUACUGUCCUCAUACCUGAAGCAUCAGAUGAGAAAGCAAGUGACGCGGGGGAAAUCUGAGAGGCUGUUUCUGUGAGCUGCCUCUCUCCUGUCCUGAGCAUCGCUGAAAUGUCGCUGUCUGUACUUUCCAAUGAUACCAAAGACAUCGAGACUGAGACUGGAUGCUUCAGUAGUUUUUUAUUAUUUCUUUCAAUUUGGUGUUGACUGAAUGAAAGGCCCAUUUCCAAAGAUAUCAAUGGAGAGGUGUUCUCUCAGACCCUGACAAAAUAAAUCAGAUUGUCAGACUGUCA